GUUGUAGUAAAAGGAAAAUUUGAUAAACGCUAACCUGACCUUUAUUUCUCGUAUUUAUCGCAAAGUGCGAGUAUCACCGGUACUUACAGAUUACCAAUUCAGUUAUUUCGUAACUAGUAUCACAGGAAUCAAUUUUUACAAUAUGGCUGAAGAGAUGCCAAUUUCCAACGCGGAAGCUUUAAAGUUAGCACAAGCCAAAGAUGCAGCAACAACAGACUUCAUAUUCCAACAAACCAUGUACAGAAUCAAGGACCCGAAAAUAACAGUGCCAUUCUAUUCUGGUGUUCUGGGCAUGUCUCUUCUUCAGAAGUUAGACUUUCCAGAAAUGAAGUUUACUUUGUAUUUCAUGGGGUAUGAGGAUGCUGCUUGUAUGCCUGGAGAAUUGGGCUCAAGAGAAAGAUCAGAAUGGGCUCUUUCAAGACCUGCUACUGUUGAAUUGACACACAAUUGGGGUACUGAAGAUCAAGCUGACUUUAAAUAUCAUACUGGAAACUCUGAACCAAAAGGUUUUGGUCAUAUUGGUGUGAUGGUUCCUGAUGUUGAUAAAGCAUGUGAGAGAUUUGAGCAACUCAAAGUAAAUUUUAUUAAACGUCCUCAGGAUGGUAAAAUGAAAACAAUUGCAUUUAUCACUGAUCCAGAUGGAUAUUGGAUUGAGAUUUUUAAUAAUAAGAGAGUUUAAAACUGCCUUGUUGAGAAUAUUAAAAAAUAAUUUCUACUAUGCAUGUAAUGCAAAUAAAGUCAAUUAUAUUAUUAA